AUGAUGCUUGCCCUCAGUUCAGAAGAUUACCAUGAUUCAAGUAAUAAGGGCAAACCGCGACUACCUAAGUCUCAGGGAGUACAAGACGAUAAGGUAUUAGACAAAAGUGUUGCUAAAGAUUUGCUUGGAACCAUUCUUAUUGACCCUAGAGAUAAAAGAACCCUAGGUGCUUGCCGUGAACCAAGGACUGUUGAUCUGAAGCUUAUCGAGGACGGCAUCAAUGUCAGCAAUGAGUCUCAAACUACAAAUGCUGGAGAGUUUGCAGAUUCACCUAAUGGUAUUGAUGUUGCACCUGAUGAGAAACGUAAGGUUGACGAUGGUUCGAGCUCAAGCCAAGGAGGGAGUGGCCAGUUGGUUGCCACCAAGCCAAGAUCCGCGACAUUUCCUGUCAAUAUCAACUCCCUGAGACUAACUGCUGACAAGGUCUUGCCCAAAAUUACCCCAAAAAGAAUUAAUACUACUACUACUAAUAAUACUACUAAUGCUGCUAAUGCUGCUAAUGCUGCUAGUGCUGCUAGUGCUGCUGCUGCUACCUCUGGUUAUACUCACUCUGCUCCUCUCACAACUGUGAAGUCAAAGGAGUUUUCAUUUUUUGAAAGCCGCGAUGCAAACCACAACCGGCCUACCGCUGUUGUUGCUGCCGCUGCUGCCUCUGCUGUUGCCGUUGCAGUUGCAGAAUCGGCUCUUGUUGAUAGUGAUGACGGUGAGGGUGCUGCUGGUGGUGGCGCUGAAAAGCAAAACCCCACCACACUCAAGAAGGAUCGUUCCAACAGCUUUGAGUCGGUCACGUCCGACCCCAAGCGUCGUUUGUUAAAUGGCUCCAUAAAUGGCCCCCUCACAAACGUCCCCGCUGAUGAACACAGACAACACUACCACCCUGCAGUGCCUUUGAAGUCGUCAUUUUCCAUCCCAAACUCGUUGGACAUCUCAAUCGAAAUUGCCAAGUUGGAAGACUACCACCGAGUGGCAAAGACUUUGGUGUUGGCGUUUGAAGACGACCCCUUCACCAACUACAUUUUAAACACCUCCAAGUACGAUAAGGAGAUCACCCCCAAGCCGGUUUACAAGAAGAAGAAAAUGGACUUGAUGCUUUCCUACUUUGAGUACGCCGCUUAUGAGUGCUUAUCCACCGACGGCAUGAUCCUCAUUAUCAAGGAUAACCAUUUCGAGAAAUCUUUAGUCGACUUGGACGUCAAGUUGGACAAGUUCCCCUUUUUGGGCUGCGCGUUGUGGAACCAAAUCUACGGCUCCAACAUCAGCGACUCUAGCUCUGGUCUGGACUCGGACUACGACGACGACGACUACUUUGCCUCGGGCGACUUGUCCUUUAGAGACGCCAUGCACAAGAGCUGUUUGAAGUUCAACUUGAAAGCCAUCCGCGGCCAAUGCAGAUCAAAAGUGUUUAAGCAAAAACUCCCAUUUUUGACAAAAGUACGAAACGAAGUUUUGAUUAAGCAGCUCUUGCGUAAAAAGGAAGACGCCCAUCAUUUCCCGUGUGACGUUGACAUUUGGUACCUCAACGAUAUUGCCACGUUGCCACUGAUGCGAGGCAAAGGGUUGGGCAAAUUGUUGAUUGAGUACUCCAGAACCCGAUUCUCGAACCAGAACAAGAAGUCCUACAUUUACUUGGAAAGUUCGAACCCGGCCAACCGCAAGUUUUAUAUGAAGUUGGGGUUCACCUUGAUGAAAUCGUACUCCAUCAAAUACAACAAAUAUGUCGAUCCAGAAUCCGUCUUGGAUAAAGACCCCACGAACAAAGCCAUCAACAUGGAUGCGAUGUUGUUGUACCCUUAG